UACACGGAGUAAGAAGUAAGAGUAAGAAAUUGACCAAUCACAGUCGAAUGUGUUGCAAGCAGCUAAUCGCAUAAUCGUAAGGAGUAUCUAUUUCCGGUCGUAAUGUGUCGCAAGCAGCAAUCGCAAGGUUUGGUUGAAACCAAAACUUGUGACUCUGCGAUUUUGCGACAACCAAUAAGCAUCGAGCUCCCCUCUAUUUGGCUUGUUCGUUCGUUUCAAUUAUUUCGAUAACCUAUCUUUGAUAAUAAGUGCUAAAAAAUAAGUUUGAUAUAGGUUAAAAAUUUUAUUAUAAUAAUGAGUGAUUUCGAAUAUAAUGAUGAAGAGGAUUUUCUGGACGCAAGCGUCCAGAAUGAUGAAAAUGACGAAAAUGAUGAUGUGGAUGAAGUAGAUCGAGAAAUAAUAAGACUCGUAAAAGUUAACCCAGGGCUGUGGGACAAGAAGUCCAAAACAUAUAGUAAUGUUGUACAAAGAGAUAUGGCCUGGGAAUCUAUAGCAUCACUUUUGUCAGUUCAAAUGACAGGAUCUGAAGCAGCAAAAAGAUUUCGCACACUGCGAACAAUAUUUGGUCGCCACUUUAAAAAAGUAAGGCUGUCUCAACCUAGAUCUGGUGCUGGAUCAAACUGGCCCGUUUAUCAGCCGUCUUGGCCGCUUUAUGAAGAAUUGCUUUUUUUGGCUGACGUUAUAAAACCACGCACUACAAAAUCAAACAUAUCUGUUAAGUCAGUAAGUAUAUUGAAGUCAAGAGGUAACAACCAUAACAGGCAACAACGUAAUGCAGCUAUCGGAUUUAACAAAAGUUGGUCACAACCUGGCUCUAGCUCAAGUUCAGCACAUACCAGCUCUAGCGCACGUAGUUCAAUAUCACAAUUGCACUCCAGUCCAACCUGUAGCACUCAGCUGCAACAAAAUGAUACAUUCAAUGACAUGAAUGAAGAAUGUGAUUUGCAAGAAUCGAAUCAAAUAAAAAACAUCUUAUCUGGCAAAGUUACAGGUAUUGAAUAA